GUGUUUGCAUUAGCAACACUUCCUUGUGAAGAGCAGCUUCAUUUGUUGUUUUCUGAUCUUGCAGCUGUUGAUUUUUUGAAAGGAACUAAAUUAAAAAGAAAAUGAUCAGUGAGCUUCAGAGACAACAUUCAAGAGGGGAAUACAACUAUGUUGCAGGAGAUGGGUAUCCUGGGGACCAUCACUCCCUCAGGCUGCGUCGGCUUUCAUCUCAAAUGUCCAUUCACGAUUUUCCUCAUUACAACCCAAGUUUAAGCGAUGCAGGGGACAGUGAAGCGGGCGACCAUGGCCAACCCCGAGAUCUCAGGAGCCUCCCACUACCCAUGGCAAUAAAAAAAGCGAAACUAAAGAGUCGGGGAAUCCAGGUCCCUGUCCUCUCCAAGGUGGAGUUGUGGAAACAGGAGAAGCUAAAAAAGCUGAGAAAAUUCCAGACCAAAGCCAGAGAGUUUCUCUACUUUUUGGUUCUAUGGGGAAAGACGAUCCAAAAGAUUGGAGGGAACUUUGGAGGAGGCGUCAAGUCGUACUUCCUGUUUCUGCGCUUUUUGGUCGUUCUGAACUUUGUGUCAUUCCUGCUGAUUGCUGGGUUUGUCAUCAUCCCCAGCCUUGUUUUCAGACAGGUGGGGACCAGCUUCAUGAACAGCACAGGUAACGAAAGAUGCACAAUCUAUGAACCUAAUCCUCCAGGCCUGGUGGUAUUCUACAAUUUUUUCCUUGAUCUGCUUUCAGGAACGGGGUUUAUGGAGUAUUCUUUCAUGUUUUAUGGUUACUACAAGAACACCAUGGUGGAGAACAACAGCUUCUCUUAUAAAAUCCCUUUGGCGUACCUCUUUACCGCCGUUUUCUACUUUGCCUUUUGUCUGAUUUGCAUCAUUGCACGCAUGGGUACUGCAGCUCGAGUUGCUGUAGCAACGGGAGGCAGUACUGUGGUGAACUACAGCAUGACUGUCUUCAAUGGAUGGAACUUUGGUUGCCUGGGAGAGACAGCUACCAAGUUGAAGCAGAAAAACCUCCUCUAUCGUUUACAGGUGGAUCUGGAGGAAGAGAGCUUAAAGAAGCGUGCAGCUUCUCUGACCUUGUUGAAGAAAUUUGGCUUACACUCUCUCCGUCUUCUGAUGGCUCUUUUGGUGCUCGGGCUAAACAUAGCAGCCUUCUAUGGGAUCUCUUAUGCCACUACAUACAGCCAGGAACAACAGAAUAAAAGAGUGAACAAAGAAAGCGACAGGAUUCAAGAUUUAUUUUUUGAGUACCUGCCAUCAAUUGUCAUCAGUGUUGCAAACUUCUUGGUGCCUCUGUUGUGUGACCAAAUCGCCAAAGUAGAACAUUAUUCCCCCAGCAUCACUGUCAUAGUAGCACUUUUGAGGGCAGUGGUCCUGCGUUUUGUGGGUUUGGGUGUUCUUCUGUUCACCUUGUGGGAUCAGAUCACCUGUACUGGGAACAUGGAUGACGCAAAAUGCAAAGAGUGCAGUUACAACUAUGCAAGCUAUGCGUGCUGGGAAACUCGUGUGGGACAGGAGAUGUAUAAGCUGACACUGUUUGACCUCCUCAUUAACAUUGCUGUGCUUGUACUGGUCGAAUUUCCACGCAGGAUGGUGGUCGACAAUUGGUCCAGUAAAGUCUCUCAGCUGGUGGGCCGGCAGGAGUUUGUUGUUUCUUCCAAUGUUCUGGGGCUGGUCUACAGCCAAACGGUGGUCUGGACUGGAGCCUUGUUUUGCCCUUUGCUGCCCCUCAUCAACACUGUAAAGUUUGUGAUCCUCUUUUACUGCAAAAAGAUAACACUGUUCUCCAACUGUCGGCCACCCCAAAAAACGUUUCGCUCCACCACCUCAGCCUUCUUUUUCCUGGUGGUACUGCUCUUAGGCUGGAUGCUGGCCUCAGUUGUCAUGAUUUACAGCAUUGCUGUGAUCCAUCCUUCUCGGGGAUGUGGGCCUUUCCGGUUCUCUGACAACAUGUGGUUGAUUAUACCGACAUCUUUCUACAACCUCUCUGCAGCCACACAAGAGUUUCUUUUCUUCAUUGGCUCACAGGCGUUUACAAUCCCCCUGUUUUCAUUAUCGGGUUUGGUGAUGUGCUACGUCAUAGCUUUGUUCUCCAUCUAUGGGAAAAGUGUUGGACUGCUAAGACUGCAGCUCAAACGGGAGAGCCGGGAUAAGCAGUUCUUAGUCAAGCAGAUUGAGGAACUAAGUCGGUAGAUGACCAAGAUACCAUUUGAUAGAUACAUAUAUAUACUGUAUCUACCACUACAAGACUAAACAGCCUCUGGACAAUGUUUAGUCUCUGCAGUACAGUAACAUGAGACGAUGUCAUAAAGAAAGGAUGUUUAUUAAAAAGAAAAAAAAAGCUUCAUAUUAUAUAUACAUAGUGAAAUUACACCAGAUUCUUUCAAAAUAAAAUGUUAAAAAUGUUGCACAUUAAACAUCACUGUUCUUUAAGCACUUUAAAAGUGAUCAUUUAAACAGGUGUUUUGAUCAUUUUUGGAUAUAGACUUUGCAAAGAAAUGCAUGUAAAAAAAUUGAACCUCUAAUACUGUUUUAAAAAAACAAGACAGUUGGACAGUGUUUUUGUUAAGACGAGAGCAACCAAAAAUAAUUGUUUAUUUUUGACCCUUUUGAGACUACGGUAUGUAUUCAAACUUUUUAUAUUCUUUUCUUUAAAUGUUGUGAUUUAUUUGUAUUUUUUUAAUGAGAAGUCCUUCGUUUGCUGUUGUUUUUUUUUUUUUUUAUUGCUUUUUAAAGUUUAGUCUUGCUCGCUUAUGACCAUUACAUUUAUUUCUUUUGAAUAAACCAGUUGGCGCUCGCUCCAGCUCCAUC